GGAAUAUGAUAAUCAUCAAAAUGCAAUUUUGAAAAACUUUAAUUUCUGGGUCAAUUCUGUUUUUAAUACUUUCGAAUUCAUAAAAAUUUCAUGAAUUCAAGUAUUUAUUUAUUUAUUUUUAUAAGGUUCAUGAAUUAAAGUAUUCAUUCAAACUUCCUUUCAAUACACAUUUUCACAAUACUCCACCGUGUAAUUGACGGCGAUACCAUUUUUGAGCUUCUGCAAUGGCGGUGGAUUUCAACUGAAACCACAGAAAUCCUCUUCAUUCCAUCAAAUUUCAUCCAUCCAUACCUUCAUCUUUCAUGUAACUGCACCAACUGUGAUUAGAUCUCCAUUGGAAGCUUCAGAUCGGUGUACAGAUCUUAUGUAAACGGCCGAUUUUGCCGUUCCAGUUGAUUAGCUCCACUCAUGGCGGCCAAGUCCAACUCCGUUUCCUUCAGGGUUUCGUACAGGAACCUCCAUGAUUCAGAAGUGGAGAUGGUGGCUGUCGAUGAACAUCAGCUUCACGGGAUCGAUCUCAAUUCUCCUUCUUCUGGUGGAUGUCCCAAUGGAAGCCAAGAUAGUUCAUCCUCCUCAACGCCUCAUGUUAGAUCUACGCCCAAUAGUUUGAUUAUCUUAAUUCUCAGUUGUACUAUUGCUGCCGGUGUUCAAUUUGGUUGGGCAUUACAGCUUUCCCUACUAACUCCCUAUAUUCAGACGCUCGGAAUUGAGCAUGCAUUUUCUUCCUUUAUUUGGCUUUGCGGUCCCAUCACUGGUCUCGUGGUUCAACCAUGUGUCGGUAUAUGGAGUGAUAAGUGUUCUUCAAAAUAUGGAAGGAGACGUCCUUUUAUUCUUGCUGGAUCUUUAAUGAUAGCAGUUGCUGUGGUGUUGAUUGGAUUUUCUGCUGACAUUGGAUAUAUAUUAGGAGAUACGAAAGAGCACUGCAGAGUAUAUAAGGGUACACGAACAAGGGCAGCAAUUAUCUUUGUAAUAGGCUUUUGGAUGCUUGAUCUUGCAAACAAUACAGUGCAGGGUCCUGCUCGUGCUCUUCUAGCUGAUUUAUCAGGUCCUGAUCAACACAAUGUUGCAAAUGCGGUAUUUUGUUCAUGGAUGGCUGUUGGUAAUAUCCUAGGUUUUUCAGCAGGAGCUAGUGGAAGCUGGCACAAAUGGUUUCCUUUCCUUUUAAGUAAUGCUUGCUGUGAAGCCUGUGGAAACCUUAAAGCUGCAUUUCUUACUGCUGUGCUUUUUCUAACCAUAUGUACUCUUGUUACCAUAUAUUUUGCCGAUGAAGUUCCGCUUACUGCUGUAGAUCAACCACCACGUUUAUCAGAUUCUGCUCCUUUGUUGAAUGGGAAUGAACAAAAUAGUUCUAAUAUUUUAAAACCAGAACUUAACAGUUUGAAUGGGAGCAAUGCUGACUAUGGCUAUCAAGAAAAUAUUCAUUUGAAAAAUUCAAAAUCAAAAAGUGAGGAAAGUCACAACGAAGGUUAUUAUGAUGGUCCUGCAACAGUUGUAGUCAAAUUGUUGACCAGUUUAAGACAUCUACCGCCGGCCAUGCAUUCAGUGCUUCUUGUGAUGGCUCUCAGCUGGUUAUCCUGGUUUCCCUUCUUCUUAUUUGAUACGGAUUGGAUGGGAAGGGAAGUGUAUCAUGGGGACCCUAAAGGCAGUUUGACUGACGAACAGGUUUAUGAUCAGGGUGUGAGAGAAGGUGCAUUUGGUUUGCUAUUGAAUUCUGUUGUUCUUGGUAUCAGUUCGUUCUUUAUAGAGCCCAUGUGUCAGCGCAUGGGAGCAAGACUUGUCUGGGCAAUGAGCAACUUUAUUGUCUUUGCAUGCAUGAUGGGAACUACUAUUAUUAGUCUAAUAUCCGUCAGCCAAUACUCUGAAGGAAUUGAACAUAUUAUUGGGGGAAAUUCAACAAUAAAAAAUGCUGCCUUGGCUGUUUUUGCUCUUCUUGGUUUUCCUCUCGCCAUAACAUAUAGUGUUCCCUUCUCUUUGACUGCAGAACUGACUGCCGAUUCUGGUGGUGGGCAAGGAUUGGCUAUAGGAGUUCUCAAUCUUGCAGUUGUUAUUCCCCAGAUGAUUGUAUCCCUUGGAGCUGGGCCAUGGGAUGCAUUAUUCAGUGGAGGAAACAUUCCUGCAUUUGCUUUGGCCUCGAUAUGUGCGCUUGCAGCAGGAAUCGUUGCAGUUCUUCGAUUGCCUAAUCAAACCAACAGUUCUUUCAAAUCCACAGGUUUCCAUUUCGGUUAAAAAAGACUGCAUCAUAUUUUUUAAAAACAAACUAGAAUAUGCAGUGCAACGAAAAGAUUCCUGGAGUUGGUCUUAUUAGAAAGAAGGCUGGAUUUCCAGUGCCAACCAAUACAACAGUUCCUUAUACCUUUUAUUUAAACUAAUAUGCAUUCAAUAUUCAUAUUCUUUAAUUUUUUGGGUAUCUGUACCAUAGCUUAGCUAGUGUAAAUUUUCGUUUUCUACGAUGAAUAAAAUGAGAGAUAUAUAUAAUGAUAAUGAGAAUGUUAUUUGUCCUUGUAGAAAUACGAUAAAACAUGUGUUACUAAUGUUGGAUAGAGUGUUGUUGGAAUAAGCAUUGAGGUCGUUUGGUUUAAGGUA